CUAUUGCUGCUUGGCAGUUUGAGCAACAGGUUAGAGAGGCUGGAUGUGCAAAGAGCCUGACUGGCGUGAUGUUGAAGUGCAGCUCCCCAAGGCCCAUGGUCUGGUUCCCAUGCCAUUUUUCACCUUUGCAACAAGUUCCUGUCUCUCAGGGAGCCAGUUCAUGCUAUGGAAACCAACACGAAGCUGCUGUCUAAACCAGAAGACCAGUUAUUAAUUCACAUUGAUCGGCACACCUGGUAAGAGGCCUGAACUGUCUGUGCCACUCUGCUGGUCAGCACAUCCCUUCUCUUCAGGGCCUUUGACCUGGGAAGCCGGCUGACUGCAAGCAUGCUCUCGGUGUGUGCACGUGUGAGAGGAGAGGGCUGUGGGUGCUGAUGUUACUGUCCGCCGCUGUUUGCUGUUGCUGUGAUUGCCUGCAAAUGUUCUUAGUAGAUAGUGAGUCGUUUUUGUCUGUUUCCCGCAGACCUCAUGCUACAGACUAUGCCACACAUAAAAAGGUGACCCUGCCACUUGCUAGUAGAUGCUCAAGGAUGCAGACGAUUAGAAUCUUACCAGUGGUGGGUCCUGAUCCUGAAUGCCAGCGUGUAGAGUUGAUUAAGUCUUUACAGAAAGCAGCAGCACGUUUGAGGGCUUCUGCUCACCAGGAGACAAUCCGUCUGCAGAAGCAGGGGGGCCCCAGUGCCCCCUACCAGGACCCCAACAGUGACGAGGAGGGUGAAGCCGUCGAAAACCACGACCAAGGGGGACGCGGAGAGGAAGGGACCAGAAUCUAUUCUCCAGAGAGUGAUGAGGGACAAGAUGAAGAUGGGGCUCAAAGAUCACUGACAGCAAAGAAAGUCACCACUGAUGAGAUGAACCCUCCAGAAAGAGGAAAGCAGAGGGUGAAGAGGAAGAGGAUGACUGAAGCAUAAAACGUGUACUCACUAUAAAUAUGGUUUUCAACUGCUUGCUUUAAAACAAUGAUGAAAUGACUUGGGAUUGAAGUGAGGAACUGAGUUCCUUUUGCAUAAUCCUAGUUGUGGUUUUAAAAUGUUUGGAAGCAAGUCUGUGACUUUAGAAAAUCCAUUGUUCCCAGGUGAGACCAUUUUGGUAACGGUUUGUGCUGUGUCUUGGGUUUUCUUCGUCAGAGCAAGCAUAGCACAAGAGAGCUCACUGGAGACUCAACGCUUUGUUACGUGCCGUAUGGGCCUUACCAGUUCUAAUCCUCAGAACAACUCAAAGGGCUGCUGCUGUUCUCAUAUUACAGAUAUGGAAGCUAAGUUAGAACUUAAGACUUCUAACCAAAGCUUUUUCUUCUCAAGUUUAAAAAAAAAAGCAUUUUUGAGACAAGGAUCAGGAACUUAUCUGCACAGCCAUCACACUGCUGAGCAGGUCUAUUACUGAUCUUAGGGAGACAGACAUCCAAAACACUGGAGAAAAAUGGUCACCAGAAGUUUAGAGGGAAAAAAGAGCAAUGGGAAACAAAAUACUAGAUUUGACUUCUAGCUUUUUGACUAGUGCAGUAGCUGGAACAUAAUGGGUACAUAAAGUUUUUUUGGUACAGCAAAGUGACUCAGUUAUACACACAUAAACAUGCUUUUUCAUAUUUUUUCAUACUUUUCCAUUAUGGUUUGUCACAGGAUAUAGUCCCCUGUGUUGUUCAUCCAUCCUGUAUAUAGUAGGAUGUCUGUUUUUGUACCAGUACCACACUGUUUUGGUCACUAUAGCCUUGUAGUAUUAUCUCAAGUCUGGGAGGGUUAUGCCUCCUGCUUUGUUUUUUCCCCUCUAGACUGCUUUGACAAUUCUGGGUCUUUUAUAGUUCUCUAUAAAUAUUAGGGUUAUUUGUCUUAAUUCUGUGAAAAAUGAAAUGUGUUAAUUUGAUGGGGAUUGCAUUAGAUCUAUAGGUUAGGUUGGCUAUUCUUUAUAGAGGUGGCCUUGAGUCUCUGCUACUUUAGCAACAGGACUAGGGCUAAAGCUGGGCUGAGCCUAGAGGCCACCAACCCUUGCAGACAUGCUGGAAAGCUUAAUAUUUGGUACCUAAAGGAGUGAGGUGCCACUGGCUGAGCAAGAAGGCACUCUCCCCACGGCUACAGCUCCUGUCUCCAGGGCUACUCAGAGGAGCUGAAGUUAAUUGACAACUAAAGCACCCAAGCCUCUGACUCACCAAAGGGGACAGGCAUCAAGGCUUCCCACAUGUGAACGUAAGCCCAACAGCCAUUCUUGGAAAGCCAGCCAAUACUAAAGAUUCAAGAGAAAUUUCUUUAUUCCUUAAGUUUCAAAGUUGAAUUAUUUGAUAUUUAUCCCUAAAAGUUUCCUCAAACCCAUUACAUGUUUCACUGAUUUUCUCUUUUGGUUGGUGGAUUUAGGUGACUGAUAAGCAAUAUCUUUGCUUUACCUUAGAAAUGAUAGCAGGAUUGGCUCCCCUCAGGCCCAGACGCACUAUAUCAUAGGUCCCUCUUUCUAUUUGUCAACUCAGCUAAAAAAAAAAAACAAACUCAAUUUGACUUUAUGGACAGACCAGGCUGAGUACUGAUGGUAUGAGACUGACCAUAUGAACUUGCUGCUUUAUGGGUGUAAAUGGUCAAGUCCUGACAGUUUCAGAAUAACUCAAGGAAAUUAAUAAACUUGUUCUUAAAAAGUAUGUAAGGAGUGAGCUUUAGAACAUAGGCAUUAACAGGAUUUUCCAAACAGUCUAAGUCUACAGUAUAUUUGAUAGACUUUAUUGAAAUUAUUUGUUCCAAUAUGAAAUGGUAAAUUCUAAAUGCCUAUAAUCCAUAUUCUUCAAAAGAAAAUUCACUGUGCUAUUAUGAACCAGUAUUAUUAAUGAAUAUUUUGUAAUAGUUUUUUUAAUUAAAAUUGAAAAAGUAAGCAUUUACAGCAUUUUUAUAUUUUAGCAUUAAAAUAUGUAAAUGCCCAAUUUCAUGUGACAAAGAAUGCACUGUUACAAAAGUAAUUUUCAAGCUUUUAAACGUACCUGAAACCAAACAGAAUUCAUCCAAAAGACUUAAAAAAAAAAGAGUGGGCACUUUCUCAAAAUUACAAUGGUUUUUAUAUACUCUGUGCAUGCACAUGUAUGCAUGAGCAAUUUUCUUUACAAUUUAUCUUUUUUACAGUUCUUAAGCAGACAAAUCUAAACAGUUUAAACAGCUGAAUCAAACUGUUUUCCUUUUGACUUAAGGUGAAAUUUAAACUAAAAAUUUGCUUUACAUACCCACGAACAAGCACCCAGAAUUUGUUUUUAAACCUUACUCUCUGAACUACAAUAUCUGACAGAAAAAUUUUAGACCUAUUAAUUGCUCUGCAGCAUUUAACACAUACUGAUUGUCUGUAGAAAAGGAAGUUAAGCCUCACUCACAUAUGUGUACUCUGAGAGUUUGAUUAUCUUAAAAGUGUACGAACUUGAACAAUAGUGCUCAAUACAAAACAUGGCUGGUGGUGUUUCACAGUGUUACAAUCUAUCUAGCUACCAGAGCAGAUUUCCUAAGUAAAAGUCCUUAUGUAUCAGUGAAGGCUGUCUAAAAUGCUUGGUAGGGGUUUAAAGACUGGCUUCUUUGAAAGAUCAGGCUGCAUGUUAGAGUUUAGCAUUAACAAACUUGUAAAUGUUUUAUUAUAAAAAUGUUCCAAUGUGUUCAGUUUUUGUAGGGAAAGACAUACAGAACUAAAUUACAACACACAAGAAAUACGACAUAAGAAAGAAUGACCAAAUUAAAAUGACCUAAUAUAAAUUCUUCGCUGAUUGUAAAUACAAUUUUCUCAAUUUAAAACUUGGUGAAGAGUUCCUUUGAGUGAGAAGUAGCUAGAAACAUGAAUGUUCAGUGAGAAGUGAUGGAAAAGAGGGUUCUAUGGAUGUUUAGACUGAAGAACUCACACCCCUUGACAGGAGCUCUGACAUAUCCAAUGUGUUUGGGUCUUGUGGGUGCUGUGUCUUCAGUUAAUACUAUAUGAAAGUGGAAUGGCCUUGAGGGCAUUGUGUUAAGUGAAACAAAUCUGAAAGGAAGACAAUACUAUAUGAUCUCCUGUAUUCGAACCUAAAAAGACUAAAUCCGUUGAUACAGCGAACAGACUGCGGGUUGCCAGAGUUGAGGUAUGGAGAGUGGGUGAAAUGGAUGAACGUGGUUAAAUGGUAUAAACUUCCAGUUAUAAGAAAAAUAAGUCUGGUGCAUGGGGAUGACCCAGAGAGAUUUUAUGGGGAGGGAGAUGGGAGGGGGGGUUCAUGUUUGGGAACGCAUGUAAGAAAGAUUUUAAAAUUAAAAAAUUUUAAAAAGAAAAAGAAGUCCUAGGAAUGUAAUGUCAGCAUAGUGAUGACAGUUAAUAAUACUGUAUUAUUACAUAUUUGAAAGUUACUUAAAAAUUCUCAUCGCAAGGAAAAACAUUUUUUAAAACUAUGUGAAGUGAUAGAUGUUAACUAAACUUACUGUAGUAACCAUUUUGCAAGUAUGUGUAUAUCUCAAAUCAUUACAUUUUAUACCUUCAACUAUGUUAUAUGUCAACUAUCUCAAUAAAACUAGAAAAAAAAUUUAAGUGAUGUGACAUUGUAAUAGAGGAAAACUAGAUGGUACUGAACUUACAGAGAAUGGAAACUGCUGUAGAUUCCAGAAAACAAUGAUCCCUUUUUCUGCCAGGAGAUAAUGGUAAUUCCUGAUUUUAUACGGAAAAAGUUAGAAGUUCUAGGACCACAGAGCCAAAAUUUUACAAUUUUAUGAAACCUCAUGAAUUGUUUAAUCUUAUUUUAAUGGCAGCAAGGGUUAAAAAUAAAGUACAACAGAACAUAACUUUUUAUCAAAACAUGUUUUCUUUUAUAAUUUUCUUUAUACCAUGGAUUCCCCUUUUUAAAUGAAAAAACAUCAGAUACUGUCAAUGGAAAAAAGAAUUUCCAAAGCUCUAUACCUGUUAACUGUUUGAGGGAGUACCUACUGCACAAAGCAAGUAUGUGGGUUGUUUCAUUCAAAUCAUGAGAAUCUGCAAUUUAACAGUCAAGGUAAUUAAUUCUCCUUAGAAUUUAUAACAGUCUAAUUUUUUAAAACAGAAACUGUUUAUUUGGUCUUUUAAAUGACAGGCACCCUUAGAGGAUGUAUUCCACCUAUUCUUUAGACUGAUACUAGGCUUUAGCUACAAGUAGCACCAAAAUCCAUUUUAAUAAUAUCAUUAAUAUUGAUUUUAAUACAUAUAAUUUCAUGUAGACAAAAUGGAAAAAUCAGAACUUCUGACAAGUAUGAAUAUAAAAUUUUAUAAAAUGUGAAAUUAAAAGCUUUUAAAAAAACAGCAAUUUAAAAAUGCAAAGAACAGUCUUUGCUUGGAUAACGAGAUAAGUCCAUACUGGUUACACUACAAAAACUUAAAUGUCUUGGAAGAUCUUUGGUUUAAAAAUCAAGACUAUUUCACAAUUCUAUUAUAAAAUUUUAGCACAAUAUAGAAAUAUUGAAAUUUACUAAAAGGAUAAGAGGUGCAAGAUUUUUUUUUUUUUUUGAGAGAUGCCAGAUUUUUAAAGAUCAAAGUAAACUCCAUUUUCUCCCUUGUGUUACAAUUUGUGAAAGAUUUUCUGUAUUCAGUUAGAUGAAUGUUCACCUUUAGUUAUUUAUUAACAAAUCUUUUCUUCCAUUAUAUAAUGAACUGUUGUAGCUCAGAACUGGAAUGGUACAAGCACAACACUCAACUUCUUCAUACUUUGAUAAAUAAUAAAUGAAAAGAUAUUACCCAUAAGUCUAAUACAGAAUUCUAGGUGAGGCUCUACCUACCUAUAUUUAAAAAUAAAACGACUUUUGUGAAGACAGGGUAACAUACUUAUCAAUUCAUUGACUUACAGGGAAGGGCAAAAAAGGAAGCCUUGCUAAAAGUGUACUGGCAGCUCUGUACUCUUGCUCCAUGCCAACUCCCCCCUCUGUUGGAACUGUGCAGUCUCUAAAAAUCAAGUACAUUCCCAAAGUCAUUUAUGAAAAAGGAGAGAGGGAGAGCCAGUGAGAGUGAGCUUGACUUGCUAACUUGAAAAAAAAAAA